AGACACUGCACCAGAAAGAGCUCUGCAAUACAAAAGAGAAAAUACUUCUUAAGAGAGCUGAAAUCAAGUGAAUCCCAGAUUCCAGAGCUAGAAGUUGAAAUAAUUCACUAAUUAGCUGGAACUGACCAGCUAAGUCCAAAAUUACAGGAAAAGAAGUCAUAAAAAGGACUGAGAGUAUGUCAAUUAAUGUGGGGGGAGCCGAUCUCUGGGACCUGUUUCCUAACUCUACUGAUUAUAAUGAAAUUGCGCCCAUUGACCUUGGAAACUCUGCUCCAUGUGAAAAGGUUUGGAGUUUGAAUAAGUACUUUGUAGCUGUGGUCUACUCCAUUGUUGUCAUCCUCAGUCUAGUUGGAAACCUCAUUGUAGUGCUGGUUAUCUGCUAUGACAAAGUUCAAAGGUCUUCUACUGAUAUCUACCUCCUCAACCUUGCAAUUGCUGACCUUCUCCUUGCUCUCAGCAUUCCAUUCUGGGCUGUUUACAGCAUCAGUGAAUGGAUCUUUGGUGGCUUCAUGUGCAAGGCAAUUUCAGUCUUGCAAGAAGUAAAUUUCUACAGUGGGAUCCUCCUUCUAGCUUGCAUCAGUGUUGAUCGUUAUCUGGCAAUUGUGCAUGCAACAGAAGCUAUCUCCCAGAAAGGAUACUUGGUGAAGUUUGUCUGUUUGGGUGUUUGGGUCUUGGCAGCAUUCUUUUCAUUGCCUAUACUGCUUUACCGGUCUGUUUUCAAAAAUGCUCAAGAUGGUCACCUUAUGUGUUAUGAGCACCUGGAUGCAUCAGUAACAGACAAAUGGAGGAUAACAAUACGAUUUUUGCGGCACAUUCUUGGAUUUUUCAUACCUUUAAUUAUUAUGCUAUUCUGCUAUGGCUGUACUUUAAAGACUAUUCUUCAGAUCAAAAGCAAACAAAGGCAAAGAGCUAUGAAGGUUAUUUUUGCAGUUGUCCUUGCCUUUCUUAUCUGCUGGCUACCAAACAAUAUUACUGUCUUUGCUGACACAUUGAUGAGAUCCAGCAUUAUUAAUGAAACAUGUAAUCUGAGGACAGAGAUUGACACUGCAAUGUCUGUGACUCAGAUGCUUGGCUUCUCUCACAGCUGUAUUAACCCCAUCUUGUAUGCAUUUAUAGGACAGAAGUUCAGACACAGCUUUCUGAAGAUUCUGCAGAGCUGGGGUAUCAUUAAUAAGGACAUUCUCAUCAAGUAUGGGAGGAGUGAUUCUUAUACUUCAUCAUCAAGACUCACUUCCGCAACCUUGUAAUUUUCAGUUAGAUCUGCAUUUCCUUGUAUACCGUAUAAUCACAUGGCUGCAUUAAUAAAGCAAAUAGUUCUACACCUCUGUGA